UACAAGCUUCGAAAAUUUCUUGAAGAAGUCGGCUUCAAAAACUUGCCGAUUUUACCAAUUAAUUCAAAAGCAAACGUCACAAGUUUGUUGAUUCAUCAGAAGAAGGCGAGUCAAAGUUACCAUGGCCGAGAUAGAGAUAUCAGGAGGGGUGUUCCAUAACUUCUACCAAACCAUAUCGGAAGAGCUGAAAUCCUCGGGAAAGUUAGACGAACUCUCAGCUGAAUUUGCCAAACUCAAAACUGACGAGGAGCGAGCAAAGUUUGUUCUUGAGCUGGAGAUCGUAAAUGAAACGAUGAAAAUUGAGGAAAACUUUAAUGGGAAGUCGCUGGAGGAAGCUAAGGUUUUGAGGGAGAAUGGCAACCAAUCCUUUCAGAAGAAGUAUUACUAUAAUGCGUUGCAGCAUUAUAAUGAUUGCAUAAGGAAAGUUCCGUUAGAUGCUGAUAAUCCAGAAGGGAAGAAUGAGCUAGCUUUGGCGUAUGGGAACAGAUCUGCUGUGCUGUAUCAUUUGAAGGACUAUGAGCAGAGCUUGAUUGACAUUGGCCUUGCUCUUGAGUGUGGGUUUCCACCAGAGUUACAUUUCAAACUCUACGACCGCCAAGGGAAGUGUUAUCGUGAACUCAAGAAGAAAGGGGAUGCAGUCGCUGCUUUCAAGAAGGCAUCUGAGCUGCUGCAGCAGUCGAACCUUGACGAGAGUAAGAAACUAAACUGGGAAAACGACAUCAGGACGCAAGCGGAGGCUUGUCAGAAAUUGUCGGCAGAGAAGCCGAAAACAAAAGACUCUCAGAAGAACAUUUACAAAAAGCCGAAGAUUCCAGUCUUUCCUCCGAGUUGUAAUAAAAAUGAUAAGUUCCCAUGUGCGAGCGCUGUUUUUGAGUUGAAGGAUUCAGCAGAGCAAGGACGCUGUGCAGUUGUGAGUAAAGAUGUCAGAGUUGGUGAGGUGUUGAUCGUCGAGAAACCAUUUGGUUCUGUCUUACUGGCUCCGUACUACAUGACCCAUUGUUACAACUGCAUGAAACGCACCAUUGGCACUUAUCCGUGUCCCAAUUGUUGUACCGUUAACUUCUGUAGUAAGGAAUGCCAGCAGGUGGCGUUGGAUUCCUUCCACAAGAACGAAUGUAAAUACCUUAGUAACAUCAAUCUUACAGACAACUGCUGGGGGCACCUUGUUCACCGUGUCAUCCUUCGAGCCGGGUAUGAUAAACUCACGUCGUUUAAGGAGUAUUUGAAAAAUGAAGGUGGUAACGUAGAUUGGAAUAAAUUUGGUUGUGGUGACGGUGACGUUUGGGCUGAGAAUGAUCUGCGUACCGUGCGCUCACUCAUGACACACGAUUCUGACCGUACCCCAGCUGAUCUGUUUUUAAGGGCGAUCAAAGCAGUGUUCUUACUCAAGUGUCUUCAAAAAGGUGGCUUCUUUGGCGAGGAAGCCAAAUCUGAAGAUGUGGUUUUUGUUGGUGGGCUUUUGUUAUCGCUCCUCCAACUCUGCCCAUGCAAUGCUCACGAGGUCUCCGAAAUUGAGGUUUCAAGAAAAGGCAUACGCCACGCUAAGUCGUUAGAAAUUGGUGCUGGUCUCUACCCAACGAUGAGUUUGUUGAACCAUUCAUGUAACCCAACUGUUGUCCGCCAUUAUUAUGGUGAUGUUUGCGUUGUCCGUGCCAUCCGUAACAUGCGUAAAGGUGAAGAGAUAGUUGAUAACUACGGUGCUCUAUGGGCGGUGCAUCCCAAGAAAUUCCGCCAAGAUAAAUUAAAAGAUCAGUAUUAUUUUAACUGCCAAUGCGACGCUUGCCUUGAUGACUGGCCGAUAUAUCCUGAAAUGCCCGAUAACAUGCCUCCAGCUCUGAAAUGUGAGAAAUGUAGCGAGCCGUUACUUCCCCAAGAGAACACAAACUUCACUGCCUACCCUUGCACCCAAUGUAAGCACAAACAUGACAUGUCGAAAAAGUUACUCGUCCUCGAGCGUUCGCAUGAAGUCUUUUCUGAAGCGAUGGAUAAAAUGUUGAAAGGCGACGUUGAGGAUGCAUUGCCGGUGUUUGAACGCCACCUAUGGUUGAUGGAAGAAUGUUUAUGUCUUCCCUGGAAGGAUUAUAAUAACUGCCAAGAGGCGGUGAAGCAUUGUUAUGCAGUCAUGGCAAACUGUAAGAAAAUAGAUUAAAGUGAGUUUUUGUUUUCAAUGACAGACAUGGUGUAUAGUAGUCAUAUUGUAAACAAACCUGUACAGCCUUUGUCUAAAGUGAAUAGCCGUGGUUUUCUAUUAUCUUGAGGUCAUCUUUUGGGAGCGAGGGGGCAGGCAGCUAUUUCAAAGUACAAAGUUCUCAUUGGGAUUAGUGUCACAGCAGUCACUCGUGAGAGUGAGUCUUCUUGCAAUCCAGCCAUUCCUUCUUCAAUACUGUCCUCAUCUUGCCUCACUUUUCUGUCUCAGUUUUAUUAUCGUCAGUGUGGGUGGGGAAAGCUAGGUCUCAGGAAGUAGAGAAUGACCGUUAUGUAGUCAGCAAGACUAUUAAUGAAUCUCAUGAUGCGAAUACUUCACAUCACUUGAAAAAUAGUUUCCACAAUUGGUGUUAAAAAUGUAUUCCUGGUAUGAUAAUUUAGGUAGAUUAAAAUACAAUGGAACUUCUAGUGAACUUCUUGCGAAGCUCUGAAAGUGGUAUCGCUCAUAAAUGUGUCAUAUCAUAUGAUAUUUUGCACUUUUGAGAAAAAUGGAAAAACUUAUUAAUUUCCUAACUAUUUCAAAUUUAUUUUGCAGCUAACUAAGAAUAAUAUAUAAAAACAUGACAAUGAAUAUGCAAUUGAUAAUAUGUCUUACUGGUGUUACAUAACGGGUCAAGAUGAUUAGGCUUUUCUUUUAUGACGGUGACGAUAUGGUACAUGUCGUCUAUCUCAACCAAGUUUAGAAGUCCCACUUAUAAAACUGGUGAUACUCCUAACUGUCACUGAAGGAUUUGCUGUCUCAAAGCUCCAUGCGUCAAUUCUCCAGUCGUUGCAUUGUAUAAGCUCUUUGAUUUGUUGUUGGUUUUCCUAAUUUAGAAUGCAUGCGUGUUCAUUUAUAAUCAAAAUCUGCCAACGGAUUGUUCACUUUGAGCUUUUUGUGUAUGAUCAUGUUUAAGGGGUACUAUGUGUUAAUUACUGUAAAACUAAUCAUCGACUAUUGUGCAAUUGAAUUAAGAGGAACCACAUGUAGUUGAGGUAUAAUGCUCUUUAAUUGCUCUACAUACCGGUGAAGGCUGGUAAAAUGUGUUCAAGAUUCUCUGGGGUAAUUUGAGGGUAACUUCAAAUGUUUAACAAACCGCAUAGUUUUA